GCGAGAGGAGUUUGCAGCACAACCGUGUUCCAUUCCUUUCCAUCUUCUGCUACUUUUAGGAGCUCAUAGAACGAGCGAAAUCGGUUGAGAGCAGAUGCUGUGUUGUUUGGCUCCCCCCGUCAGGAGUUGAAGCCGUCCGUGUGCAUACUCUGCAUAUCACAGGCUUUGGUCUCUCCUCUUUCUGUAGCUGCUGUAGGACUGGCUAUGGCCACCUCUACUUCCGGGUUCCGUCAUUUCAUUCUCCCGCCGAUCAGCGCCGCGAACUGACUCUGUUCUAUAAGCAAGCUAGCAGCCAACCUGCCAACACUCGCUGACACUCACUCAUCUCAGACUGCGAGAUAGACGAAAUACCUACCGGGAGAAGGAAAGAUCUGAAUUGCAAUCUCUUAAUUUCUUUUUCUUUUUUUCUUUUUUUACAGUAAUGAUAAAACAAGAUAGCGAUCCGGAGGCAUAAAGGAGACGCGGAGUUGUUGGAUGAAAACGGGCUAAAAAGAUUCAUCCUCUCUUGAACAUCAUCACCAACCAUCAUUCAUUCAUUACCUUGACAACCUCUGGCUUUGAUUGACAGCUGGAGUGGCAAAAAGCCAUGAGACACGACAGUUUAGUUACAUGCAGGUUGUUGAUGGGCCGAUUGUAACCUUCAGUUUGGUGGUUGACAUUUUUUUUCUUUUUUGGGGGCUAAGAGGAAAACAAGAAAAAUUGCAAAACUCCUGAUGCCUCUGCUUGUUCUGAACCACAUUGGAGAAUAGGAGAAUUCACCAAGUUGGUUGAAAAAGGAAUCUUACCAGUAAAUCACAUUCUUACCAGACUGGGAUAUUAAAUAUACGACACAUCCAGGAGUUUAUUGGAGCGCAGCCUGAUGGCGCAAAGGUACGAUGAACUGGCCCAUUAUGGGGGAAUGGACGGAGUUGGAGUUCCGGCGUCUAUGUACGAUCCCCACGCUCCCCGGCCGCUUCCCCAGGUUCACCACUUGAAUCAUGGACCCCCGCUCCACGGCCAGCACUACGGUGCUCAUGCACCCCAUCCCAACGUUAUGCCCACUAGCAUGGGCUCGGCUGUCAACGAUGUUUUAAAGAGGGACAAAGAUCUAAUAUAUGGUCACCCUUUAUUCCCCCUGCUUGCCUUGGUUUUUGAGAAGUGUGAGCUGGCGACGUGCACUCCCAGGGAGCCCGGGGUAGCAGGCGGCGACGUCUGCUCCUCCGACUCUUUCAACGAGGACAUCGCAGUCUUUGCCAAACAGGUCCGCGCAGAAAAACCUCUAUUCUCUUCAAAUCCAGAGUUGGACAAUUUGAUGAUACAAGCCAUACAAGUUUUGCGGUUUCAUCUUUUGGAGUUAGAAAAGGUUCACGAGCUCUGCGACAAUUUUUGCCAUCGGUACAUCAGUUGUUUGAAAGGGAAAAUGCCAAUAGAUUUAGUAAUUGACGAACGGGAUGGCAGCUCAAAAUCGGACCACGAGGAGCUUUCGGGAUCUUCAACCAACUUAGCAGAUCACAACCCAGCGUCCUGGAGAGACCACGAUGACGCCACGUCCACACACUCGGCUGGCACGCCCGGCCCCUCCAGCGGCGGCCACGCCUCGCAGAGCGGCGACAACAGCAGCGAACAAGUCCCCUCGUUUCGCCCAGGAGACGGCCUAGACAACAGCGUCGCCUCGCCCGGCACAGGGGACGAUGACGACCCGGACAAGGACAAGAAGCGGCAGAAGAAGAGGGGCAUCUUCCCCAAGGUCGCCACCAACAUCAUGCGCGCCUGGCUCUUCCAGCACCUCACGCACCCGUACCCCUCAGAAGAACAGAAAAAGCAGCUAGCUCAAGACACGGGCCUCACCAUCUUACAAGUAAACAACUGGUUCAUUAACGCCAGAAGAAGAAUAGUACAGCCUAUGAUUGACCAGUCAAAUCGAGCAGGUUUUCUUCUUGAUCCUUCAGUGAGCCAGGGAGCGGCGUACAGUCCGGAGGGCCAGCCCAUGGGCAGCUUCGUGCUGGACGGCCAGCAACACAUGGGAAUCCGGCCAGCUGGGGAGUUCGUACCUCAGACUGGCCCUAUGGGCAUGAGCAUGGCCCCACCUGGAUUCGCCCCUCCCCAGAUGAUGACCCCGCACCCCUCCCAGCUCCGACAUGCCCCGGCCCUGCACCCGUAUCUGCCAGGACCUCCUCUUCCUCAUCCUCAUCCGCAUCCUCAUCCUCACCACCCCCACCACCACCAUCCUCACCACAACCCCCACGCCCACGCCCACGGCCAUCCUCCGCGGCCCCAUCACCCACAGCACCCCCACCACGCCCAGCCCCACCCGGCCAUGCUGAUGCACAGAGAGCCCCCACCAGGACUGACCAUGUCUGCACAGAGCCCCCCUCUCGUUGACCACCAUCACAGCGCCGCUGGACAAGACCUGGACAUCCACGUCUAGUCUGCUGCGCAAAAGGGAACCUGCCUACCCCUCCCCCCAACCCAACCAACCAACCAACGUACAGUACGUGCAAGCAAGCACCAAGCACGACAAAGACAAAACACGACAAAGAAAAACAAACUUAACUGACAGCGAACACAACCUCCCUCUCCGGCAAAAUCAACAAAACACGUCGAUUUGAGACUAUUUUUUUCCAGGAAAAAAAGGAGACCCAUUUUGACCAUGAUUAGAUAAUACGGAGAAUGAAAAAAAAGAGAUGGAAUUCCAUAUGAGCUGUGAGAAGUUUUUUUCUUUUUCUUUUUAAUCUUGUCAAUUUUGUUACUUUCACCAACGGAGGACCAAGCUGACAAGAACACUUAGUAAAGUCUUGGGCUUUUGUUAAAGAUCAACAGAAGAUGUUUCAAUUUACAACAUGACUCCAAGUGCACACGUUCACACACAAACACACACAUAUACACGCACAUACCUACUUACGCGUGCACUCUCUCACACACACUAACCUAAACACUUUCUAAAGCACUCCUUGAGUGACACAUUCAAACCAUUUUAAAGAAAAAAAAACACUCUGGAAGGGUUAAAAGAGCAAAAAAAACAUCAACUCAAAAACAGACUCCAAGAGUUAUAACUACUGUAGUAUAAAAAACGUAUAGAAACUAAGUUAAAACUUGUGCAUUUUUUUUUUCGUUGGAUCACAAAAUUUAUGUUUCCUGAGCUUAGUUCUAGAGUAUGAAAAAAGGUUAACCCCUCCCACUCCCCUCCCUCUUGCUUUUUCACACUGUGUGUGCUGUUCGCCGAAGGAGAGACUGUCUUGUUGCAGCAAUAAACCAGGAAAAACAUCUCAACCAACCUCUGCCCCUUACAAAAUGCAAACUCGACGGCUAGCAAGGGCAGCAGGCUCUGUGAGUUCCUGACCAGGAAAAGAACUAGCACGACGGGAGAGAACAAGAGAGCAUGGCUGCCAACCCAGUCGCUCUGCUCUCCACAAGAUUCUUGUUUGAACAGUUUUUUUAACCAGCUCCCUGUUUCUCUUCUCUUUUUUUUGGUUCAUGAAUGAAUGUUGCCCCGUAGGUUAAGUCCUUAGUUUUGAAUUGCCCAAGCACUGGAUUGUGUUGGUUUUAUACAUUUUUAUUUUAUUAUUUUUAUUGUUUUUUUUCUAUCUGGGACUCUUUGAGAAAGAGCCUAUGGAAGGGAUCUUACCAGUGGGGGUAAAAGAGCACCCUGCACUGGGUUUCCUUCAUCUUGGGAUCGACAUUAACUUGCCAUACGGACAAUGCCGACACAAUGUUGGAUUCUUUGGCACUGACAGAAGCUAUUGAUGGUCGAUGCACCAAAAAAGAAAAGAAAAAACACUAAUGCGUACAAAAAAAGAAGACAAAAAAAGAACUUAAAUUAUGAACUCAAAGCUUGGAGAAAAAAGCUAAGAGAAUAUUGUAACAAACUUCGUACAGAGUUCAGUCUAUUAAUUGUUUCAUGU